AUGAAUUCCAAAACUUCGGCUGGAUUUUUUUCUAGUUCGACAGCAGACACGAAAGAUCGCUUUUCUUCGCCCGGCCCUUCUUCAACCACGCCAAAGCAAGUUCAGGAAGACGAUUCAGCGACAGAGUCCGAAUCUGAAGUUGAGGAACCACCUGUCUCUGAUCUCAAGCGCAAAUCUUCAGCGUCAGACGGAGAGGAAAGUGGGCGUCAUAAGCGGCCAAAGACCGACGUGCCUAUCAGCGAUUCAGCAACGGAGCCGGACUCCGAAUAUGAAGAGAUUCCUCCUAGUCUCCCUGACACAUCUCGUUCAAAAGGGCUCGCAAACACUGACCUACGCCCCGUUGACUCGGAUUCUGCCACCGAACCCGAUUCAGAUAGUGAAGGGCUCUUAGAUCCUCGGUUGAAACCUCGGCCAGGUUUUCCCCUUGCUCCCAAGCAGAAUAUACUUGGUCCCUUGAUACUCGAUCGUGAAGAAAGCGUUAAAGUCCCUGCGGCUAUUAACACAUACUUGAGAGAGUACCAACGUGAUGGAGUGAAGUUCUUUUGGAGGCAGUAUAAAGAAGGCCGCGGGGGGUUGCUGGGCGAUGACAUGGGUCUCACGAUUCAGGUCAUAUCCUUUCUCUCUGCCAUCAUGCGUAAGGAAGGCGUGCGUACCGAUAAGCAUCGCCGUCGGAAGUUUGUAUCAAAGUUGCAGGACGGGGAAGCCUGGAAAAAGCGGCGGCAAUUGCCCCCAGCAAAUGCAAAGUGGCCAACGUGCUUGAUUAUUGCCCCAAGUACUGUGGUCCAUAACUGGGAAAGAGAGUUUGAAACCUGGGGGUAUUUCGAAGUUGGGAUGUAUAACGGGAAUACGAAAGAGCGAGAACCUGUUUUACACGACUUCAAGCUGGGACGAUUGGACGUUGUGCUAACUACAUUCGACUUGGCGCGGAGGGAUAUCGCCCUUCUUGAAGAUCUUCCAUUCAGCUGUGUAAUCGUCGAUGAAGUUCACCGUGUGAAGAACGAAGCUGCCAAAAUCACCGUGGCGUUUCAUCAGUUCAACUGCCCUAGACGAUUUGGUUUGACAGGGACCACGAUCCAGAAUUCGUACAAAGAGAUGUGGACUAUUUUGGAUUGGACGAAUCCUGGAAGAUUGGGGACGUCGAGGCAAUGGCAGGGAUUCGUCGUAAAGCCGUUGACUGCGGGGCAGUCGGCUGGCGCUGCUGAGGAGGAACGGGCGAAAGCAUUGGUCGUUGCACUGGUGCUCAGGGACAAGUUGCUUCCUAGAUUUUUUUUACGAAGGUAUCUACGUGCGCGUGACGAAUGCCUCCGUCGAGCUAACGUCUUCAAAGGACGAAAGACAUCAUCAAGCACCAAGUUCGUUUUGCGUCGGAUCCCGUUGAUAACCCUGUUAUUCAAGCUGUUCUAUCAGCUUCCAGAAAAGACCGAUCAAGUCGUCUUCUGUCCUUUGACUUCCCGACAGGUUGCAGCGUAUAAGCAUAUUUUGAAUAUGGCGCCCGUGAGAAAUUUGACUCACAAGGACGAGCCUUGCACAUGUGGAUCUCGAAAGGCACGCAAAGCUUGCUGCCACCCAUUUGUAGCUGGCGAUGUAUUCAAGUUUAUGUCGAUUCUUAUCAAACUGUCGAAUCAUUUGGGGCUCAUUCUUCCUGGACCCAAGGAUACCCCGGAGCAGACCGCAAGAAAUAGAGCUUUAGCUGAAAUAGCUUUUCCUGAAGGAGACAUACCAAAAUAUGGGACAGCCAUGAUGCAAACUCAAUAUUGCGGCAAGUGGGCAGUAUUGGAAAUUCUCUUGAAGGAAUGGAGGAAGGAAACCAACAAAGUGCUAAUAUUUACUAAAUCCGUCAAAUUGCUGGAAAUGCUGGAGUUCCAUCUCAAUAACAAAGGUUAUGGAUUUCUGAAGCUCGACGGAAGUACCAAGCAAUCCGAUAGAAUGCCUAUGAUCGAUCGCUUCCAUAAUGAUCCCGAGGUUUUCAUUUUCUUGAUUUCGACGUUGGCGGGGGGGACGGGAUUGAACCUGACAGGAGCAAAUAAAGUUGUUAUCUUUGACCCCAAUUGGAAUCCUGCGCAUGAUCUUCAGGCGAUGGACAGAGCUUUCCGCUUCGGUCAAACACGCGACGUUUCGGUGUACCGACUGCUGGGGGCUGGGUCCGUAGAAGAGUUGAUCUAUGCCAGGCAGAUCUACAAGCAGCAGCAGAUGGCCAUUGGCUACGAAGCCAGUGUUCAAACCAGGUACUUUGAGGGUAUACAAGGCGAUACAGCAAAGAGAGGCGAGCUUUUCGGCAUCGAGAACAUCUUCAAGUUGCACGAAGAUAAACUUGCCACGAAGAUGGCGAUUGAGAAGGCCAAUUUGGCCGAGCUGGACUGGGCCCUUGCCAAUAUGGGCGGCAGUAAACGCGGAAAGGCCAAGGCUGCUAGCGAUAUUAUCGAGGCUGACGCAAAAGUGGGAAAGGAAGACGUAUACAUAUGCUCCCAUCCAACAAGGACUUUGCUGAUCAACUUCGAACAACAGGGUAAUCUCCGAGGACUGGGGGCUUUGUUGUUUGAUGAUGGUCGGAAUGGCCCUUAUAUUGUAGUCGUUCAUCACUUACUAUGCAUAACAGCCCCCCCACCAGCCGAGCCGCGGGAGCAAGAUGUCAUACAAAAGACGCUCAACGCAAUCGGUGUGACGUACAGCCACUUAAAUGACGAAAUUCUAGUUCCCAGUCGCAUCGAGGAAGAGCGGACAAAGCAAACCUUGAAACGUCGGAAAAAGAAAUCCAAGCCCGAGGAGUCUGCAUCCAAACCUCAGUGGCCUCCAAGGAGAAAGCAUCACAAGCCGCCACCGACGCCUGAGGAGCAGCUAGCAUCCCGACAGCAAGCCCUUAUUCAACUUGGGAUGAUCAGUAAACCCAGUGAUAUCGCGACCUUCGCCAGAGAUUUCGCACGGCAAUCUGAUGAGGCACAGCGAAACAUUCUCGCUGACCUAGACAAGUGGGCAAAGGCACAGGCUGAGGGCGAUUCAGACUGA